AGUUAUGCCUAAGUGAGGCGCGUAUAUUCAGAGCCUUCGAGGGAGAGGAGGGAGAAACCCACAGAGGGGAGUGUGCACAUGUGGCCUUUCUCCCUGCAAAGGUGCCUACCCUGAGACAAUAGGCCACCCGUCUAAUCUUUCCAGACCCGCGGUGGAACGGGCACGCGCGCAGUGCGCAUGCCCGAGUAGCUACAGGUGCAUCACCUGCGCUGUCCUUGCUGGUGGUCACUAUAAGAGCGGCUCCCACGCGCCCGUCGCUGCCCGACGAGUGCGCGCGCGCGCAGACGCACGGCGCCGCCGACAGGAAGAGCGCGCGCCAGACAGACGGAGACAGCUGAUGCCUGUCAACGCGGCGGGGCUGCGAGCUCUCGCGAGAGCUCCCCGGGCCGGCCGCGAGAAGUGGGGCUCAGGUGUAAGAGGAGUGCAUCCCUUCUGCGCGCGGGGCUAGAGCUCUCGGAGAAGCGGACCGCGAGGCCGGCGCGCGGCGCUCUGCGCGGCCAUAGGGAGCACCGGGCGGCAGCAGGAGCGGCGGGAGCCCGCGGCGCGGCCGCCACCGUCCGCGGCUGCCACCUCGGAAGGAGGCCGGGGACCGGCGCGCGCACUUUCCCGCGGACUUUCGCAGUGUUUGUGGAUUUACAUGCCAAGCGGUCAAGAUGAUGUCCAUGAACAGCAAGCAGCCUCACUUUGCCAUGCAUCCCACCCUCCCUGAGCACAAGUACCCGUCGCUGCACUCCAGCUCCGAGGCCAUCCGGCGGGCCUGCCUGCCCACGCCGCCGCUGCAGAGCAACCUCUUCGCCAGCCUGGACGAAACGCUGCUGGCGCGGGCCGAGGCGCUGGCGGCCGUGGACAUCGCGGUGUCCCAGGGCAAGAGCCACCCUUUCAAGCCGGACGCCACGUACCACACGAUGAACAGCGUGCCCUGCACGUCCACGUCCACCGUGCCGCUGGCGCACCACCACCACCACCACCACCACCACCAGGCGCUGGAGCCUGGUGACCUGCUGGACCACAUCUCCUCGCCGUCGCUCGCGCUCAUGGCCGGCGCUGGGGGCGCGGGCGCGGCUGGCGGUGGCGGCGGAGCCCACGACGGUCCCGGGGGCGGUGGCGGCCCGGGGGGCGGCGGCGGCGGCCCCGGGGGUGGCGGCGGCCCCGGGGGUGGCGGCGGCCCGGGGGGUGGCGGUGGCGGCCCGGGCGGCGGGCUGCUCGGCGGCUCCGCUCACCCACACCCGCACAUGCACGGCCUGGGCCACCUGUCGCACCCGGCGGCGGCGGCCGCCAUGAACAUGCCGUCCGGGCUGCCGCACCCCGGGCUGGUGGCGGCGGCCGCACACCACGGCGCAGCGGCGGCUGCAGCGGCGGCAGCGGCCGGGCAGGUUGCGGCGGCGUCGGCGGCGGCGGCCGUGGUGGGCGCAGCGGGCCUGGCGUCCAUCUGCGACUCGGACACGGACCCGCGCGAGCUCGAGGCAUUCGCUGAGCGCUUCAAGCAGCGGCGCAUCAAGCUGGGCGUGACGCAGGCCGACGUGGGCUCCGCACUGGCCAACCUUAAGAUCCCGGGCGUGGGCUCGCUCAGCCAGAGCACCAUCUGCAGGUUCGAGUCGCUCACGCUCUCGCACAACAACAUGAUCGCGCUCAAGCCCAUUCUGCAGGCGUGGCUGGAGGAGGCCGAGGGCGCGCAGCGAGAGAAAAUGAACAAGCCGGAGCUCUUCAACGGCGGGGAGAAGAAGCGUAAGCGGACUUCCAUCGCCGCGCCCGAGAAGCGCUCCCUCGAGGCCUACUUCGCUGUGCAGCCCCGGCCCUCCUCGGAGAAGAUUGCCGCCAUCGCCGAGAAACUGGACCUCAAAAAGAACGUGGUGCGGGUGUGGUUUUGCAACCAGAGACAGAAGCAGAAGCGGAUGAAAUUUUCGGCUACUUACUGAGGGAGGUGGGAGGUGCUGGGUGGGGGCUGAGCGGGAGCUGAGGGGGCCUUUCAGGGGGUAUUUCCUCUGGCCUGCUUCCUCUGGCUUUUGGAGUGUCCGUUAUCCUGCCUGCGUUUGGGAAGUCUCUCUUGCUCUUUCCUGCACCCCACUCUACUCUCUUUCCUUACUAUCCCCAGCCCCCUAGUCUGGAGGACAGGGGUGCUGGAAGUGGAGAAAAGAGUAUGGCCAGGGGAGAUGGGGGGAGAGUCUAGGUGAGUGGGAAGUGGGGGGAAGGAAAGUGGAGAGUGGACAGGGGUUUUUGAGGAGCAGGAUGGUUCAGAGGGCUAGGGAGGGGGGGAGAUGUGGGAAGGGUUAGGAAAUGGACUGUUUUUGACCAGAGACAUUUAUCAAAAUCUCCUGGGGACCAAGGAACUAUGUACAAAAUCAAACCCACCAACCACAAAAAACUAGACAAAUAAAGACAACAAAACAAAAGCAAAGAAAAA